AUGACGGCGGUGGCGAACCUGUCGUCGCGGGCGCUGGAGCCGACGGUGAAGCCGCUGGCGGCGGCGUGCUACGAUAACAACCUGGUGAACUCGCAGGGCAUGUUCCUGGGCGACCAGCCGCUGCGCUUCUCCCUGCCGCUGCUCCUCGUCCAGGUCUCCGUCAUCCUUGUCCUCUCCGCGGCCGCCCACCUCGUGCUCCGCCGGCUCGGCCAGUCGCGCUUCGUCACCCACAUGCUCGUCGGCAUCUUCUUAGGCCCCACCGUGCUGGGCCGCAGCGCGUCCUUCCGCGACGUGCUCUUCUCCGAGCGCGGCACGUACAUCCUCGAGAGCGUGUCCCUGGUGGCGCUCAUCCUCUUCCUCUUCUCCAUGGGCGUCAAGACCGACCUCAGCCUCCUCCGCCGCCCCAGCGGCCGCGCCGUCGCCGUCGGCAUCAUGGGCGCCGUCGUCCCGCUCGCCGUCACCCUGCCCGUCUUCCACGCGCUCCAGCCCACGCUGCCCGAUGACCUACAGGGCUCCUCGCUCGUCACCGAGCUCGCUGUCCGCCUCUCUCUCUCCUCGUUCCCCGUCAUCGCCGACGCGCUCUCCGACCUCGACCUCCUCAACACCGACCUCGGCCGCAUCGCGCUCACGGCGUCGCUCAUCACCGACGUCACCUCCUGGUUCAUCCGAGCCUGCACCGCCGCGGGCUCCUUCGUGGUGGUGGUCAUCGCCGCGCUGCUGUCGGCGCUGGUGACGGACGCCAUCGGGUUCAAGUACAUGAUCGGGCCCAUGAUGCUGGGGCUGGCGCUCCCCGGCGGCAUGCCCAUCGGCGCCACCAUGACGGAGCGCCUCGACUCCUUCUUCAUCGCGCUCUUCCUGCCCGUCUACAUGGCGCUCUCCGGCUACCGAAACGACCUCGCCGAGUUCACCAAGUCCGAGGCGUCGAAGUGGGGCGCGCUGGAGCUGUUCGUGGCGCUCUGCGUCUCCGGCAAGCUCGUCGGCUGCGUCGCCGCGGGGCUCUUCUUCACCAUGCCGUUCCGGGACGCCAUCGUGCUGGCGCUCAUGCUCAACAUCCGGGGCAUCGUGGAGGUGGCCGCCAUCAACAACUGGGGCGACACCAUGAAGGCCACGGCGGAGCACUACUCGACGCUCACCAUGUCCAUGGUGCUCAUCACCGCCGUGUCCACGCCGCUGAUCAAGCUGCUGUACGACCCGUCGGGGCAGUUCGCGCGGGCGAAGCGGCGGUCGCUGGAGCACGCGCGGCUGAGCGCCGACCUCCGCGUGCUCACCUGCCUCUACAGCGAGGACCACGCGGCGCCGCUGAUCGACCUGCUGGAGGCGUCGGGUUCCUCCCGCGACUCGCCCAUGUCGCUCAUCGUGCUCCACCUCACGGAGCUCGUCGGCCGCGCCGCGUCCGUGCUGAAGCCCCACCGGAAGAGCACGAGGUCGUCCAACAGCGGCGGCAACCCGACGCCGUCGGACCGCAUCGUGAACGCGUUCCGGUACUUCGAGCAGCAGGCGGCCCCGGGGGCGGUGACGGUGAGCCCGUACGUGGCGCAGGCGCCCUUCAGCUCGAUGCACCGCGACGUGUGCUCGCUGGCGCACAGCCGGAAGGCCAACCUCAUCCUGCUCCCCUUCCACAAGUCCUCCGACGGCGCGCGGAGCACGGCGAACAACGCCAUCCGCUCCAUCAACCGUAGCGUGCUGCAGUACGCGCCCUGCUCCGUCGCCAUCCUCGUGGACCACGGCCUCGCGUCCGGGUCGGCGUGCGCCACCGCCGCCAACAGCCUGCUCCAGCGGGCGGCGCUCUACUUCGUGGGCGGCGCCGACGACCGCGAAGCGCUGGCGUACGCGGCGCGGAUGCCGGAGGCCGGGACCAUGUCGCUGACGGUGGUGCGGUUCAAGCUCCGGAACUGGGUCGGGAUGGGCGGGCAAGACGAGGCGCGGGACGAGGAGCUGCUGCAGGAGUUCUGGGCUAGGCACAGGGACAACGAGCGGGUGGUGUACGUGGAGAAGACGGUGGAGGACGCGGAGGGCACCGCGUCGGUGGUGCGCGCCAUGAGCGAGAAGUUCGACCUGCUCAUCGUGGGGCGGCGUGGCGGGGAGGGCGAAGGUGACCCGGAGGGGUCGACGGCGCUCACCAGCGGGCUGUCGGAGUGGAGCGAGUUCCCGGAGCUGGGUGUGCUGGGGGACAUGCUCGCCUCCGCGGAGUUCGCGUCCAAGGUCUCCAUCCUCGUCAUCCAGCAGCAGCCGCCCAAGAAAACCGUCGCCGCCGGAACCUCCGUCAAUGAUUAG